AUGAUUGGCCGUCCUACCUCUCACUUCCCCAUUCCCUGCUCCUUGCAUUCCCGCUCCCCCUCCCAACCUCCCCCCCUGACAGGUAGGAGCGACUUUCUUUCGCCGUCUCUCCUUCUCCCCCUGCGGAUCCUACCGCACUACAGUCCACGCCUCUGCCCUCUUACCCUCUGGUCUACCCACGGAGUCACAGACACCUCCUUCACCCUCACUCCUUCACUCCCUUGCUGCCCCCCCCAUCAGGUGGGAGCGACUUUCUUUCGCCGCCUCUCCUUCUCCCCCUGUGGCUCCUACCUCACUACAGUCCACGCCUUUGCCGACCCAAACCACACCGCGGCGAUCCUAGACCGCACGCUCGGGUGGGCUAAGACUCUGGACUACGUCGGGCAUACCGGACCUGUCACUGUGGCUCGGUACAGCCCCGUGCUUUACCGAACCUCGCUGGAGGGCGGGAAGCCUGGGAAGGGUGGUUCGGAGGGUCCCCAUGCGGCCUUCACAUGCUGUGCUGCUGCUCCAGGCCUCCUGAAAACAAUCACCCCUUCAUGUUCACCACCCACCCCUCUCCACCCCUUUCUCUUCCCCCCAUGUAGGUCCCCAUGCGGCCUUCACAUGCUCUGCUGCUCUGCAGACGGCACUGUAGCAGCCUUCCUCUUCGACCAAUCAGAGCUCGGCAUCCCUCUGACGCGCCGCGAGAUGGACGGCCGGAUCGCCAGCCUGUACGGCCACCGCCACGUGGCGGCGUCCCAUUCGCUCGUGGAGGACCCAGAGCUUCUGGCCCUGCAGCAGCAUUUGGAAAAAGAGGAGGCUGCUGCUGCUGUCGCCGCUGCCAGAACUCCUGCAGUGUUUGUAAAUCCCACAGUAAGGGGAGGUGGGUCAGCUGUUGUUGCUUCUAGAGCUGGUGGUGGUGCGGCUGCUGUUGAGAUGAGUUCUGAGAGUGUGAAGAGACAGCAGGUGGUGCAAAUUGGUAACCAGCAGAUUGGUAACCAGCAGAUUGGUAACCAGCAGAUUGGUAACCAGCAGAUUGGUAACCAGCAGAUUGGUAACCAGCAGAUUGGUAACCAGCAGAUUGGUAACCAGCAGAUUGGUAACCAGAAAGAGAGAGAGACCAAGAGGCAAAAGCUGGGGCAGAGGCUGGGAGUAGAAGGAGCAGAUGGGGGAGGGUUCAACGUGGGUUGGAGGCUGGGAGAUGGGAUAGGCUCGGAAAGAAAUGGUUCGGAUAGGCUUGGGUUGGGAGGAAGGGAGGAAGAAGCUUCCAGGUCGGCGAGAGAGGGACGGGCCUCAGGAUUGGUGGUUAGAGUGGAAGUGAGGGGAGGGUAUGGGGUAGGAGGGGAUGGUUGGGGAAGAGGGGAGGGUGGUGGGGGAGGGGAGGGAGGAAGAGGGGGAGAGGGAGGGGGAGAGGGGGAAGGAGAAGGGAAGGUGGAGAGGGUAGUGUAUGGGAGUGUGAUUGCUGAUGCCAUGGCUAUGCAAAGGGCUGCUUCUGCUGGUGCUGGCGGUGGUGGUGGUGGUGGUGGUGGUGGUGGUGGUGGUGGUGGUGGUGGUGGUGGUGGUGGUGGUGGUGGUGGUGGUGGUGGUGGUGGUGGUGGUGGUGGUGGUGGUGGUGGUGGUGGUGGUGGUGGUGGUGGUGGUGGUGGUGGUGGUGGUGGUGGUGGUGGUGGUGGUGGUGGUGGUGGUGGUGGUGGUGGUGGUGGUGGUGGUGGUGGUGGUGGUGGUUCUGCUGGUGCUGGCGGUUCUGCUGCCGCUGGUGCUGGCGAGCGGCUGUGGAAUGGUGGCAGCAGGGUGGUUCUGGAAGCAAGAAUGCGAGCAGACACAGACGCCUCUCACUCUGACCUGCUCUGUUCGCUCAACGGCCACGUGCUGUGGCGGGACCGCCUCUCUUCCCCCGUCACUGCCAUUGCGGGCUGUGACCCCGCUGUUUCCGCCCAUCCCUCAACCCUCUCACCCUCUCCCGGAGCCUCUCUCUGGGCCGUGGCCUGUGCUAAUCACUCUCUCCUGAUCCUCUCUUCUGCCGGCCGACGCCUGCUUCCCGAAAUCCUCCUCGAUUCCCCCGCCGUCCUUCUCUCCUGGUCCGCUGCCGAACCUGAAUUUCCGUUUUGGUCCGGUGCCGAGCCUCGGUCUUGGUCCGGCGCCGAGCCUAAGAACCAGGCCUGGUUCGGAGUAUCUAGAAACCAGCGGCUCGUGUUUAAGAGUCCCCUGGAACAGCUAUGGGAUCGGCAAGGGGACAGGGGGAUUGGGACAUGGGGAGGGCGAGAAGAGGAGGGGAGGAGUGGGGAACGGGGAGGGCGAGAGGAGGGGAGGAUGGUGGGGCCGAUGCUGCUGGUGGUGACGAGGGGAGGGGGAGUGCGCGUGUGGGAUAUGGGGCGGUUGCAGCUGCUAGUGGAUGCUGAUAUGGGCGCACUGGGUGCAGAGGCAACAGAAGGUGAGAAGGGUUGCUUGCUCGCCCUUAGCAGCAUCAAUUGCCAUGCCAUUGGGGGAGUGCGCGUGUGGGACAUGGGGCGGUUGCAGCUGCUAGUGGAUGCUGAUAUGGGCGCACUGGGCUCAGAGGCUGUAGAAGGCACACUACCGAUAGCAUCAGCUCGCCUCUUCCUCUCGUACACUCCCCUCAUCACCCUUCUAUCCAAAAAUUCCUUUUGCACCCCUCCUUCCCGUCCUGAACUCCGACUGUCCCCCCUGUCCCACCAGGCACACUCCGCAUGGCAUCAGCUCGCCUCCUCCCCCCGUGCACCCCUGUGGCACACUCCGAGUAGCAUCAGCUCGCCUCCUCCCUCCCUGCACCCCUGUGGCACACUACGCGUAGCAUCAGCUCGCCUCCUCCCCCCGUGCACCCCUGUGGUAACCCUUCUCUCGGGAAAGUCCUUUCUCCUCCACCCCUCUCUGCACGCCUGGAUGCCCCUCUCUCGCCCCCACCCCUCCUCGCGCCUCUCGUCCAAUUGGAGGCCGCCACCUGGCGCUUUUCGAGCUGGGGGGUUCCGGAGUGCUGGCUGGGAUGGUGCUGGUGCUGCUGGUGCUUCGUCUUUUCUUUCAAGGCAGGCACCUGGGGAGGAGGCCCAUGCCACAAGAGCCCACCUGGAAAACGCCCUGGCAGCCUGCCGUCUGUUGAAUUCACCUGACGAGUUCAGGAGGCUCCUGGCGGAAUACGUGCGUCUGCUCACCAAGGAGGGUGAUGAGGGUCGGCUGAGGGAGGUCUGCCAGGAGCUGCUAGGGUCUGUGGACGCUGGGAAACAUGCGGUUACCACAGGGGCGGGCAUGGUUACCGAUAACCGGGCGGGCACGGCUGUUCGGCACGAUGCACAAGUUGAUGAGGCCGGCUUCGCGCCUUGUUCUUGCGACAGUCGUCUUAUCGUUCGUCCUUUCGGCUGCAUGGGCGGCGCCGUUAACGGGGGCGAAAAAACCGAAGCAGACAGUUCCGCUGCCGCCUUACUACGAGGAGGCGCUCCAGAAGCUCAACGCGUCGGGUUUCACGAGCUUCGUGUCGCUCUUCACCAUGUAUGGCAAGACAAAGCAGAUGAGCGAUUUCGUUACGAAGAACUCAGUUACCGUUCUCGUACCCACUAA